UCGAUGCCCGGGCCCCGCCCCAGCUGGGUUCUGAAAGGCCUUGACCCCACGUGGGCCCAUUGCUCUUCCAGCCUCUCCUGUUUCCGUGUCUGAUGCUCUCAGCAGCCCGGUGGUAGGUGCCCAGCAGUGAGGAAAUGAAAGUUCAGAGAGGUUCAGCAGCUUGUCUAAACACACACAGCUUCAAUCCACAUGAAGCCCAGGGCAGGCAGACUCGCAGGUCCUGGCAGGCUGGGUCAGUCGUCUCUGCUUCCCCAGUGUUGGCAGGGCUUUUCCCCGUGGGCACCAGGGCCUAAUCCUGGGUUUGCCCAGUGAGAAGGAGUGAGUACAGUCGUGCGCCGCAUAACGAACACGAUUUCGGUCUAUGACUGCGUAGACGAGGGGGGGUCCCAUAAGAUCAGCACCAUGUAGCUGAGGUGUGUAGCGGGCUGGACCAUGUGGGUUUGAGUGAGGACACCCUAUGAUGUUCACACAACGAUGAAAUCGCCCAGUGACGCGUUUCUCUGACCCUGUCCCGCUCGUUCAGCGCCGUGUGAAUGUGUUAGCUUCCUGCGGCCGCCACGGCCAAGCACCACAUGAGGGCGGCUUAGGACGGCACAAGUUUCCUCUCUCCAGCUGUCUGAGAUGGAGGUGUCGCCGGGCCGGGUCCUCCUGGAGGUUCUGAGGGGCGUCCGCCCCAGGCUCCCACCUCGCUGCUUCGGAGCACUAGCCGAGUGCCAGCCCCGGAGAUGAGCACCCAGGAUCCUCAGCGGCACUGAGCUCCCCGGCCGGCCCCUCUGGACAGGCUUCUUCACCCCCAGGGCCCUGACGUGACCAGCUCCUUCUAAUGCCAGGAGGAGGAGCUAAUUCCAGCCACUGAGGGGCCUGCAGAGAAGUGCCAGGUCGACAAGUCCCACGCCCUGGAUCUCGGUGCCUGGGGUGGGAUUCUGCUCUGCGUGUCCGGGACAAGCACGGCGCUGGCACUGGAUGUUGCUGGGCCGGACAGCGGGGGUCCGCAGGGAGAGCCCGUUCCAGUUGUCAGGGGUUCGAUCGGCCUGGGGCUCUGGGCCCACUUAAAACGACAAAAGGAGAACUGCCCCUUGUUCUUGCCAUAUAAACAACCGCUUUGCACUGCCGGCACCAGGGGGCUGCGAGCGGGGUUGUUCGUUAAUACGUUUCCAGGGCUGUGAACAAUGGAGCUUUUAUUACCCAGCAAAUAGCCCUUUUCCACUCGACUAGCUCUCACCACUUAGCGGUAACGGGGACAGCCCUCCCCACACGCCCGCAGCCUCUCAGUCUAGUGGCCCUGAGGGACCGCUGAAGCAUUGGAGACCCGGUGACCGCAAGGUGACAGCCGGCUUUUAAUUGACAGGUCUAUACUCGGCAAAGGAUUGUUGCUUUAUACAAGACACUUAGCUGGCAGAGAAGGGAAGUGAUUUUGGAAGGCGUCUCUGUGCUGGGCUCUUUUGCAUGGGAUCUCGGGACCCAGAACAGUGCCCGGCGCACAGUAGGGGUUCAGCUCAUAUGUCUUAAAGAAUGAGCCCAGGUGGGCAGGUGUGUUACCCUCAUCUCACACACGGAGAAGCACAGAGGUCAAGGCGCUUGCCGGAGGUUAUGCACCCAGUGGAUGAGGUACUCACCACGGGGACAGGCAGCCCUGACUCGGUGGCGUGAAAUGGCAGUGUCAUUCGCUCUGCUCGUGCACUGUGGGCGGGCCUUGGUGGGGACAGCCCCGUGUGGCCUCGGGCUGGAGGACCCCCUUUGAGAUGGUGCGCUCAGGCCACAGGGAGCCUGGCCAGGGUCCCGUGGGCUGUGGCUCCUCUGCGUGUGGCUGCGUGGGCUUCCUCACAGCACAGCGGCCAAAUCCUACGUGCCAGGACCCCAAGGGAAGCAGGUGGAACCUGUGUCGCCUCGGCCAUGGUCAUGAGCCCCCACCCAGGCUCCAGGGCAGGGACCCUGCUCUUGAUGGGAGGAGGGCAAAUUAUAUGAAGAGCUCGUGGGCUGGGCGAUGUUCCCGUGGCCGUGGCUGGAAGGUGUCACCCACCGCCCUGACACGUGGAGGGGCUGAGUGUGGAAUGAGGUCCAUGUAACUCCAAACCCUUCUGGGGAACACUCCCCACCCUCGGGUGUCAAGGUCAGUGUGACCUAAGCCAGCCAGUCAGAGCAUUGCGUCCCCCUGGCCACUGGGAUUGCUCAGGGCUGGGCAUCUGGCCGGCUGGGCCUGGCCAAUCAAGUCGGACCAGAACAAUCCCCAGGCUUCCGAUUGAGCACCAGCAUGGAGCCCCCGGAACCUCCCACUGGACCACAGCUGGGAGGAGGCGGGGUAGGGCGGCAGACACCCAGAGCAGAGAGCCCAUCGAGAAGGAAGCCACCCACCCAAGAAGGGAGGGGGAUCCAUCCGAAUCCUUAUGACCUCAUCCAGCCCCUGGAUCGAUCCUUGCCUGAAGCCAGCUGUGACUGAUCUUUCCACUUUAAUAAAUUCUGCUGUCAAAGCAUAAUUUUCAAAGGGCUGAGAACAUAGUUCUCAGACAAAUAUAUACCGAGCGCGUGUCCAGUUGUAUUUAACCCAUUAACGGGGGAACUUGGCUAGGUGGCAAAGCUGACUCAAAGAAGAUGCCAGAACCCUGAUGGAUGCACACCUAGGCCAAGGAAAAGCAGGAAAGCGGGAUGAGAUGGACGAGAUGGACACAGCACUGGUUAAUAUCUUACAGGAUGAUAAAACCACGACCUUUGGGAUGAUCUUUUCUGCCAGAAAGAAAUCAUUUACACUUUUACAGGAAAAAAAAAUCGCUUGCAGCUUCCGUGUUUUCUACGAGUGAAGGUCUAGCUUUAUGGCCCGGGCCCCGUCAGGAAUAAAGGGUAAGUCAGAUAAAGCGAGCUCCCGGGAGGGUCGAGCGAUGCUUAGGCAGGCUGGCCAGACGACAACCUGGAGGCUGACGGUGGAGGGACACGGGGUCACCCGUUUGCCCCAUUUCUGAAUGCUGCUUCUCUGAGUCUCCCGGGGCUGCCGUAAUAAAGGACCACAAACGGGGGGCUUAAACACCACAAGCUUAUCCGCACCCCACUCUGGAGGCCAGAAGUCUGAAAUCCAGGUGUCGCAGGGCCGCGCUCCGUCUGGCGGCUCCCAGGGAGGGUCUUUCCUGUUCCUCCAGCUCCUGGGGCUCCCGGCCCCCUUGGCUCGUGGCUGCAUCCUCCAUCUCUGCCUCUGUCAUGGCAUAGCUGUCUUCCCUCUGAGCCUCUGUCUCCUAGGGCCCACCCUCAUCCAGGAUGACCUUGUCUGAACUCGAUCAUGUCUGCAAAGACCCUGUCUCCAAAUAAGGUCACAUUGUGAGGUUCUGGGUAGACAUGAAUUGCGGGGGGAUACCAUCUGACCCAGGACGCCGCUCCAGCCAGUUUGGGGCUCUUUUCCCCUAUAAAGCGUCCCGACUGGCACAGAACGGUUGGGUUCAGAUGCAUGAGUCACGAGGAAGGCCCCACGUGGGCGGCUGGAGGGGCCUUUCCAGAAGCCAGGAGCUGUGGGCAGGACCUCGAAGCGAGGGAGUCGUGAGCUUGAAAACCAUUCUUGGUGCUGAGAAAACGGGCAUGCUGGCCUCCAGAGGAGGUGUGGACAGAGAAGAGGGAGGGCGGGACGGAGCCCGGAAGCCCCCUUAGCGUGUGGCAUCGGAUGUUGGGGGUGGGGGCAUGGAGGCGCAGCGAGAGGACGGGGCACCCAGAGCAAGGCCCCGGGAGGUGGGGGCUCCUCCUGGCGACCUCUAUCAUGGGCGCCCUUGGGUGGGUGGGUGGGUGGGGGCAAGGACAUUGCCGAGCCCGGUGGGUACGUCCACCAGGAUCCAACAAGGAGCAACCUCUAGGCUCAGGGCCCCGUUUCUAGGAAUUGAUUUGACAGCAUCCCUUGCAGCUGUGCCCAAAGAUGCUUGCACGCAGACUUUUCAGCAGGAAGUCUUAACAGCGGAAGGCGCAUCGCGCGCCCAGCCCAGAGACGAGGCAACAGUUACAGAGGGGGUGGCGUCCGUCUGACCUCGGCCACACGGUUACCUUAAAAAUAAAGGCAAGAACAGAGGGAGGAGGGGCCCAGGGGCAGAAGGAAGCUCGUGACACACGGGAGGGGGACUCCCCUCACCGAGGGCCCUGGGAGACUUGGGGACGUUCCCACUGGUGUGUCCGUUAUCCACGUAAAUGGAUAAACGUCCCGACUAACAGCUACACACAUACACACGAGACUCCGCCAAACACGCAGUGGGUUGACUGGCAGCACCGCCAAGGAUAUGCCCACCCGGUCCUUGCCAGCGUGACUAAGGUGAGGACCUGAAGGUGCGCUCACCCUGCAUCACGGGGGCCAAGGAGCGCCAGCAGCCGCCAGGAGCUGGAAGAGGCAGGAAGGCCCGCCCCGCAGUGCAGACAACUCUCCACGCAGGACGGACUUCUGUUGUUUGAAACACCCGGUCUCUGGAGGGAAGGUGGCCCUGGGGGCCACCGUCAGGGACCUCCCAAGGCCGGGCCAUACCGUCAGCAGGGUCUGCCAUAUUCGGGACCCACGGACACUGCAGACAGCGGCCCGGCCUGCCCCCCUGCAGGGAGGACUGACCCCGAGCUGCCCCAGAAGGGACGAGGGGCUCUGGAAGGAUCCAUCUGGAGUCGGGGCUCCCAGAAGGAGGACUUUGAGAGCAAUCAGGACAGGCGCUCAUCCCAUGGACUCUUCUAGAACCUCGGCCCUCCCCCAUCCAGUUCCCUGCUCUGGCCUCAGGACUCCCCUAAGGGGCUAAAGCUGUGCGACUCCAGAGCUCACAGGUUGUGGCCUCUGACCCGAAUGCCCACUCCUGAAGCUUACACAUGCGCGUUCAUUCCCUGCCAUCCAGGGGUCCAAAGUCCGAGCCGGCUCCCAGGGCUGCAAUCCGGGCAUGGCUGGUUCCUCUGGAGGCUCCCGGGCUCGGCCCGGCCUCCACCCAUCCCCAGGCCUCCCACGUGGUCCCUUUUCUGGCUCACCUCCUCCUCCUCCUCCUUCUGGGCCCUGAAUCCCCUGGGCCCACGGAUGGUCCAGGAUCAUCUCCCCACCCCAAGAUCAGCUCCAUUUUCUGCCUUCCAUUCCCUCUGCCAAGGAACCUGCCGUGGUCACAGGCUCUGGGGAUCAGGACGUGGACGUUCUGGGGGCCGUCAUUCUGCCGACUGCCCUGCUUCCCAAACCCUGGCCUCUCUGCCAUCCAAGUCCCUGGCUGUGACCUCUGGGACGGGCAGAACUGUAGGUCAGGGGUGCAGGGCGGGGUGAGCCCAGGUAGCGGGGUGGGCCUGCUUCACGUUUUAACUGACACCCAUGUCGCCCAGAUUUGACUCUGAUGACCCUGAGCCUCAGCCCUGCCGGACGGGCUCUGAGAAGCUCCAGGUGGCCUCCCCCGCCACCCGGUCCAUUGGGCCCCACGCUCAGGGGCCAGUCUGCCAGGUUCCCACAGUCCCAUGCUGCUGGCUCGUCCACACUAAAUCCUAGCAGCCAACCGCCCACCAGGAUCAGGAUGCCCAGGGUGCAGACUGGGCAGACUGAGGCUCAGAGACAGGGAGCCACUGCCCCAGGAGGCACAGCUUGUGAGCAAGUGGCAGGAAUCCGAUGGAUGCAUCUGGUCCCCAAGCUUGCGCCCUUCACCUUACGCACCCGCCUCGCUGGACAGUGGGACACUGAAAAGACAGCCGGUCAAAGUGCUCGGUACCGAGAGGAGUAGUGGGUGCUAUGGGGCCCCGCCCUGAUCCCGCUUGCCCACUGACACACCCGGCGGCCCAGUGGGGGCUGCUAAUGCCUCACAGCUGAGCCCUGCUUCCUUCUCUGAGAAAUGGGGGUGACCACGGUAGGCUGCCAGGAAGAGCUCACGGGUCCUGCAGGCCGCACGCCAGAUCUCGUCUCAGCAGGGACCUGGUUCCAGAGGGUCCACCUGCACAGCCGCCCCACCUGCUCCUCAGGUGCCCAGGAGGGCUGCGCCAAGAGCUGGGCCUUGUGCCCAGAGCGAUUCGUAGGCGCCCAGGCCUCACUGAGCUGAAGGAGGAGGGUGUAGAAACACACACACACACACGCGCGCGCGUGCGCAUGGACCCCGUGUUCCUGGCCUCCAGCGCCUCCUGCCAGAGCAUCCUUCCUGGCUCAGUCCCCUCAUGGCUCCCACAGCUGCGAUUAGGGCCAGCCAGCUCUCCUUCCUCACGCUGCCUGCAUGGCCCCUGCUUGCUCACAUUCCAGGCUUCGCACAGGCUGUUCCUUCUGCCAGAAUGCCCUUCCCGCUGUGACUGGCCUCUCCAGCUCCAACGCCCGGGGCGUUGUUGGUGGCAAAGCCACUGCCACAUGGGCUUCCCCCGCUGCGCCCUGGGGGCCCUUUUAGGAUCACCUGCAGCCCUAGCUGCUGGCUCAGCCUGGCACACACUGGGUGGGGGGGCUCCAUACAUGCUUCCUGAACGAAUUCAGUGAACUGUCCUGGGCCGACAGUGUGACUUCCCGACGGGCCUUCCACUGGUGCAAAGAUGAGCUGACAGCCCAGAGGCAAGGCGGCGGGAGAGAAAGCUUGCCAGCAAGGGGAAGACAGCGGACUGGUGCCCUAGAGAACCAUCUUACAACCACAACCUCCGGAAGCAGCUAUAUAGGGCAAACGGGCUGGAAAAGGGGCGUCUCAGGAUGUCGGCCAUCUGCUGUUGAGUCCCUGAGAUUCCAGAUCAUCACCGGUGACGGCACCAGCGGAGGGCUUUUUCCCAGAGGACAUCUCUGGGAAAACUUGGAGAGCUCAGUUAUCGCCCUGUUGGAAUAGGGAGCUCACCGUACAAGCCGAGGCCGUGAAAAGGGCAGAGCACGCAUCUCUCUCACACGCAGGUGCCUGCUGAGCUAGGCUACGUGCAAACUAGAGCAUUGCUGACAAGGAGGCGGGUGUCCUGUGGACUGGGGUCGUUGGGGUCCUAACACGGUUCCCCCUAUCAGAUGGCUUCCCUUAUGCUAACCUAUGUCAACCACGGGUGGUGUAUCUUAGCUUUCAGGCGGCGCUGACAACAGGACCCCCAGCCGGUGUGCUCAGCAGCAGCCCUGGUACCAGGCGCUCAGCCCGCACGACCCAGAGGCCCGGAGGAUAGCGAGCUGUCCUCCCUCGCGGCAGCCCCACGGCUGUGCGACAGGAUGGUCCUCCUGCGCGGUGAUGAGAGUCCAGUUGCAGGAGGUGUGCAAAUCGAGGCUGGGAGGGGGUGGGGGCCCUCAGGCUGCCUCGGCUCUGGGGUUUGUGCAGGGGCAUGGACGGCACCCCGGGAGACAGGCCCCAGGUGAGGGGCCCGGCCGGCAGGGAUGGGGUUCCAGCUGCCUCAUGUCAGGGCAGGAGGCUCGAAGCAGGCCCAGCCACUUCUGGUGCCAACAGCCCCCCCGCCCCUCGCAGCUCCUUGACAAAGUGGCACCUCCUCCCCUCCCAGCUGGGCCUCCAGGGUUUCGGGGACCAGAGUGCAGCACAGACGGACAGGGCCUCAUAACCCCCGCCACCUGUCGCCCAGCGGGCCCUGCCCCAGCCCCAGCACCACUAGCAGAGUGGGCCCCUCUGGGCGGCCAGCCCCCGCCCCGCCCCUCGCUGUCCCAGGGCAGGCCGGUGCCUCCUGCCCAGGUGACUGUGCUCACAAAGCCACUGAGCGGGCAAGCUUGCUGUCCGAGGCUUGGUGGGGACACGGCUGGUGCCUCCGAAGGCCCUGGAUUUGAGGGGUUUGCUGUGUAGACCCUCGUGGGCACCCCGGGGUCUCCAGGCCUGGUGUUCCCCCACUGGCCCUGUCAGAGAGGAAGGAGCUGGCGGACACAGGUGGUGGCGGGUUGAGGAGACCCACGGACCUCCGGUUCCAGGGAUCCUGCCAAGGGGGGCCAAGCGUGGGGAAGGCGGGGGCUCCUCCCUCAGAACUAGGACCCGGGUCCCAAAGCCCAGGGAGCUCUGGUUCUGAUGGGGAGACCGAGGCAGAGGGCCGAGACCUGCCAGGAGGGGCAGCCCGGCCACCACGCAGUGUUCUCUCCAGCAAGGAAAGGGACGAGGGUGCCCCAAGCCCCGGGUCUGGACACCGGCCCCCCAGACAGCAGCCCGUCCCACAGCUCCCUGCCACCGACUCGACCCCACAUUCCACACACGCCUGUCGCUUUAAGCCGCCUGGCUGUCCCCUGCAAACUGCUCGUUCCACAUUCUCGGGGUGGUGGGGGUGGGUGGGGUGCCGGCACGCCCUCGCGGAGGCCCAUAAGGCUCAGGGUGGGGACGGCGGCCCCGGGAGGGGAGCUGGGGCCUCGGCAGCCGUCCGCAUGGCCCUGCUGCUUCUGGGGUUCCUCGGGCUCCUGGGCCUCCUGGGGCUCUGGGGGCUGCUCCGCUCCUGCGCCCGCGCCCCGGCCCCCACCCCUCGCUGGCCCCCUGGGCCUCGCCCGCUGCCGCUCAUUGGGAACCUGCACUUGCUGCGGGUGUCGCAAAUGGACCGGUCACUAAUGCAGCUCUCAGAGCAGUACGGGCCGGUGUUCACCGUCCACCUGGGGCUCCAGAAAACAGUGGUGCUGACCGGCUACGAGGCAGUGAGGGAGGCCCUGGUGGGCACUGGGCAGGAGCUGGCCGACCGGCCCCCCAUUGCCAUCUUCCAGCUCAUCCAGGGAGGCGGCGGUAGGUGUGCAGUGGGGGGCAGGGUGGAGUUGGAGGGAGCAGGGGCCAGCUCUGCUCCUGGGGGCCUGCUGGGCAUGGGAUCCCCUGGUCCCAGGAGGAGUGGGGGCCCAAGGAGAGAGGCCCCUCCCUUGAGGCAGCAGGAGACAGUGCCCCCGGAGUGGCUCGUGGGGAGGGACAGGGUGUCCACAUGGCAGGCCAAGGGCACAAGGCACCACGGUGCACCAAUGGGGGAUGGGCCAGCCGAGGCCAGGUACCCGAGAGCAGACCGGGGGAGGGCAGUGAGGCCCAGCGAGGCCCCAGACCCGGGCCCACCCCCACUCGCUCCCUGCCUGCGCCACCAGCAGCCGCUCACCGCCUGUGUCUGGCCCGCAGGUGUCUUCUUCUCAUCCGGGCCGCGCUGGAGGGCCGCCCGCCAGUUCACCGUGCGCACCCUCCACCGCCUGGGCGUGGGGAGGGGGCCUGCGGCCAACAAGGUCCUGCAGGAGCUGAGGUGCCUUACGGUGCAGCUGGACGGCUAUGGAGGCCGGCCCUUCCCCCUGGCCCUGCUCGGCUGGGCUCCCUCCAACGUCACCUUCACGCUCCUCUUCGGCCAGCGGUUCGACUACCGGGAUCCCGUGUUCGUGGCCCUGCUGGGCCUCAUCGAUGAGGUCAUGGUCCUCUUGGGGACCCCUGGCCUGCAGCUGUUCAACAUCUACCCCUGGCUCGGGACCCUCCUCCAGCUGCACCGGCCCGUCCUGCGGAAGAUCGAGGAGGUGCGAGCCAUCCUGAGCACCCUCCUGGAGGCCCGGCGGCCAUCCACGCCCAGGAGAGGCCCCGUGCAGAGCUACAUGGAUGCUCUGAUCCAGGAGGGCCAGGGGAAAGACCCCACGGGCCUGUUUGCUGAGGCCAACAUGGUGGCCUGUGCCCUGGACAUGGUCAUGGCUGGUACGGAGACCACCUCAGCCACACUGCAGUGGGCUGCCCUCCUGAUGGGCAAGCACCCGAGCGUGCAGGGCCGGGUGCAGGAGGAGCUGGACCGUGUGCUGGGGCCCGAGCGGCUCCCCCGGCUGGAGGACCAGCGGUCACUGCCCUACACCAACGCCGUGCUGCACGAGGUCCAGAGGUUCAUCACUCUCCUGCCCCACGUGGCCCGCUGCACGGCGGCCGACACCCAGCUGUGCGGCUACCAGCUCCCCAAGGGCACGCCCGUGGUCCCCCUGCUGAGCUCUGUGCUCCUAGACAAGACGCAGUGGGCGACGCCCCACCAGUUCAACCCUGGCCACUUCCUGGACGCCGACGGGCGCUUUGUGAAGCCAGCGGCCUUCUUGCCUUUCUCUGCAGGCCGCCGUGUCUGUGUCGGGGAGAGCCUGGCCCGGUCAGAGCUGUUCCUGCUGUUUGCCGGCCUCCUCCAGAGGUACCGCCUGCUGCCGCCGCCCGGCCUCAGCCCCGCCACCCUGGACACCACGCCCGCACCAGCCUUCACCAUGCGGCCGCCGGCCCAGGCCCUGUGCGCUGGGCCCAGGCCCCAGGGACGCUGACCGAGGGAGAUCAGGCCUGUGCUGGGAUAAACUCCCAGGGCUGCCGCUCCCCAGCCCCCGGCUCCCAGCUUGGGGUGCUCUGUGGAUGAUCGAGGCAGGACGGAUGGACAGACGGCCCCUCAUCGCCCCCUCACUGGGUUCAUUCCUGUGGCCACCCCAGGCUGUGUAUCCCAGGCUGGGCAGCCUCAUCUGGGUACCGUCGGGGAGCACCGGGCCUGAUCCUGUUCUUUUGAAGGCCCUGGGCCUCUUCCAGGCUCCCCACCUGGUACUGUGGGACCUCUUCCUCCUGUCUCCUCCCGGGGCAACCAGGGCCCCAGUGCUGAGCUGGGCUCCCUCCCCUCCCCUGAUCCUCUCCCUCCUCCCUCUGCCCACAGACCCUCCCAGGUGCCCCCCAUGCCCCACUGGUGCAGAAUCCCCUCCUCACACCCCACGACACCUCCCCCAGGCUCCCUGCCACUUCCUCUCCCCAUCUCCCCUGCACACUGCCUCCCAUCUGGUCCCCACCAGGGCCAGUGUCGGCCAGGCACCCCCCACUAGGCACAGAGGUGUCCCCACCUGCAGCUGGGGUGCAGGAGACGGCAGGUGGCGGCGUUCACCCACAGGCCAGCCUCAGGCCUCAGUUCCCAGCAGGCUUGCUCUGCACCAUGUCAGGCCCGGGAUUGACCGGGCCCCUUGAAGACCCCACCCCCUCCUUGGAGCUCCUGGGGGCUGUGCCCAGGAGGCGCCCUGCCCUUGGAGCCAGGACCCUGAGUCCUAGGGUAACACAGAGAUGCCCUCAGUGGGAGACAGGCUAGUCUAGGGACAGCCGCCACCUGGAGGAUCAAGGCCCCUGCAGCGGCAAGCGGGGCUGGGCAGGAAGCAUGAGUAGGAGUUUGCAGGAGGACACUGGGGGCCCCUCACCUGAGACCCCAUCAACCGCACAGGUCCCUGAUGCAAAUGGGGAAACUGAGGCCCUGAUAUACCCAAAGCCCGACUCCAUCCUCCCCCACACCCAGCCUGGAGCCGACUCCUAAUCUCUCUGCAGGCAUCCUCUCUGAGGCAAAGUGUGCAGAAGCACCAGCUGGGGGGUAGGUGGAGGGCGGGGCCGAGGACAAGGUGGGAAGUUAGCGAUGCUGCUGAAUUCUGCACAAAUAGCCAAGGUGAUGCGAUGCCUGCUCCGCGGCAAGGGCUGGACAUGGUGGCAGUGUGGUUUCUGCCCUCUUGGAGCUCUCGGCAGGGAUGCCAGGGGCACGGGGUGGGGCACAGGGGCAGCCCGUUUCCCAGCUGGGGCCGGAGCGUCUUCCUGAAGGAGGCCCCGUCUGGUGGACACUCGGCACAGUGAGGACCGGGGGAGCAUCAGAUCAGCAAUGAUUAGAAAGUCUGACAAUGCCAAGUGUCGGCAACAACGUAGGGAAGCUGCCCACAGGGGCGUGAACCAGUGAACGGGGCAACUCCCGGUGCAGCUGCAGACGGGGUGGGGGGUCCCCGUGGCCCAGGGUUCCCAUGCUGGGCACCCCUGUGCACGAGGAGAGUGUCCCUCCCGGGGGAAAGGAGAAGGGUCUCUGCGUGUGCCCACAGUGGAGCGGCCCCCAAGGUUCAGAGGACAGGACCCAGGAGCCAGGACGCACGGAUCUCCACACCUGGGCGGGCAGCAGGGAGCAGGGUUCCCUAAUAAGUACAGGCGGGGUCCAGGCUCUGGAUGCUUCCAGAUGCGCCAGCUUCACGGUGGUGGGUCACCUGCACCGUUUCAUUUAGGGGAAGGCUGGUGGGGGGUGACGAGCAUUCGCUUUAUUCUCUUCCUGUCUGUCUGAACUGACCUUCGACACCGACGGGUGGGGGAGGCAGGGCCGCGGGCGCCGUGUUCAUGUUCGAGGGAAGUCCCCGACGUGAUCAGCCCACAUCUGACUUCAUCCUGGUGAAGGAACUCAGGGCGUCCUGCAGGGCUGGAGCGGAACAUUCCAGAAGGGCUGUGGGAAACGCUUUCAGGAAGCUGUCGUCUGAGACUCGGCUCCUCGGGGCGGCUCUGCCAGGCGCAGGUGGGUGUGCUCACGGGGAAAGCAGCCAUCGCGGAGCCUUCGCUUUGCUGAAAACCCAGUGCCGCCCGCGCCCCGUCCGCAGUCACCUCCCGGCGGGGGAUCUGGGUCCCGGCGCCGCCCACACAUCCAGCUUCAGCCCCGGCGGCAGGAAGCAGACACCGAGACACUUAUUCUUGGAAUUUGCAAGAACAGGCGUCAAAAUGAAACCACCUUCCACGGUGAUUUUUCAGUUUCUCAAAAGAAUCCGAUCGGUUAGUCGAUGUUCUAUGGUAGUUGUUUUAAUUUGCCAAGGAACUCGGGGAGCCCUCCUGCUGGGCGGGAAGGUGUAGACCCCAGAGGACCCUCGCAGCCCCACACACGGCCGGUUCUGCUCCCCAGUCCUUGGCUUGAGCAGGCGGGGAGCGAGGACGGGCAGAGGCCCCGCCACCAUCGCCCUGGUGGGCCCUUCAGGGGAGAGGGAGACACGGGGAGGAGCCCUGAGCCUGGGGGCAUCCCCCCGCCAGGGCUGAGGAGUAAUCGCGGACCCCUAGGCAGCCUGGAAGGCCCUGGGUUCCCCUCACUCACAGUGGGGCGCAAAGGUGGGGUCAGGGAACCCCUUUCUGGGCAGGGGGCUCCAGAGGGGGUGGGUCUUUGUGGGGGGACGUGUCUGCAGCUCCACCCAACUGGCCAGACAGGACCUGUCAAAGCUGCAUUUAACUCGUCAGCACGGGGAACGGGGACGUGGGACGUGGCUCCCAGCUGCUGGCGCCACCUCCCUCCGCACAGACGGGGGACCUGCCCACCUACCCCUCCUUGGGACGGCACUCGGUCCGGCCCUGGCCAAGUGCACAGACAUCCUGGGUGGGCAAAGCCUCCACCGUGGCAUCGACAUCUCAUAUCCUAGUUGUUUUUGUUUCGUAUUUUUCUUAUUUUGGUGAACAGACACGACAUGACAUUUGCCAUCCUACCCAUUUUUACGUGUAGAGUUCAGUGGCAUUAAGCACACUCCUGUUGUGUGCAGCCAUUGCCGCCAUCCAUCUCCAGGACUCGUUCAUCUCGUAAAUCUGAAACUCGGUCCCCCUUAAACACUCACUCCCCACCCCCGACCCCAGCCCCUGGCGCCCCCCAUCUACUUCCUGAAUUUGAGGAGUCCUGGGCCCCACGUACGUGGGGGCACACAGCGUCUGUCCUUCCGUGUCUGGCUUAGUUCACUCAGCACAACGCCCUCAAGGUUCAUCCGUGUCGUAGCAGGUGUCGGAAUCUCCUUCCUGUCCAAGGUUGAGUAAAUGCCACACUGUGUGGACGGACCACAUUUGUUCGUCCACUCACCCGCCGACGGACACUUCCACGUUUUGGAUCCUGCUUCUUGCUGGCCGCACGUCCAGGGAGCCCAGCCUCCAGGCCGCGUGAUUUCGGGAGAAGCCUCUGGACGUCCAUCAGGGGGGUCCCCAGUCACCAUGGGUCAGAGGGGCAGACGGGCUGGACGCCAGGGCUGGGGUCACGCCGGCAGAGGGGCUCCCGGACGGCUCCCCUCGCGGCCACCUUGCCUCUGGGUGGUGAGCGGGGGAAGCUUUGGGGGCUGGCGGGCGGCUCAGGGCUGGCCCACAGCCACGCCGCAUGAGGCUCACAUUAUCCCUCCUAAGUCGAUGAAAAACACCGCCCCCGACUCCAGCUGUCAGCAAUACCCCCAGAACAAACCUGGCCGUCUCAGCUCCUGGGGCCCCGGGAUCCCAAGGGAGCCGCCCCCACCCCCGCAGGGGCCAACACACGUCCCGGGGCUGGGGUGGGGGGCAGGGGUCCCGGAGCCCCUCUGGCUCUGAGCCUCGAGGCUGUGGCCGUGCAGCCGCCGUCAGGGUCGUGCCGGGUGGACAGCUGCUCUGUAGUUGUGAGGGGUGAACGCUGAACACUGUGUAUCUGGAAAUAGAGGCGACUGCACGGGGGUGCGUCAGAGGGAAGCAAGUCGCCGAGGGUCACUUCUCGGGGUAGGAGGCUGACAGGAGACACCUGUCGGUGAGCGUUUCUUAGACAUAAAUUCCGGAAGAAGUAAAGUAAAAGGCACCUGCUUCCUGUGGGGGGACAGGGGCUGUGCAGCCACCACAUCAGACUUUCCACUGAGUCCCACCCCUCAGCCCCAUCCCCUCACCAAGCCCCCGAGGAGCGUGUCGCCAGGAGGAGCUGGUGCUUCAGUGUCCUCAUGGCGUCAUGCUGGGGCCAGGCUGACUGCUCCUUCCUCUCUCCUGGUGAGUGGUGGUGGGUGAAAGGGGAAACCACAGCCACCCUCAGGAAGCUUCCGGCCGGUGGCCCCUCACAGGGUUGGUGAAGCGGAGACUCAAAGACGGUCCUCAGGCAUGUGGCCCCCACCCCCAUGUGGCGGCCUGGCCCCAGGCUCCGACCUUCCACUUCAGCCGCCCCUAGGGUCUCAUCAGAGCAUCAUCUCCAACCGGCAUGGGGACCCCAGGAACCGCCUGGCUCCUGAGCUUGGUCCCACACCAAGCGAUGCCUCUCGACAGCCUUGUCCCAGGUGACGUCACUGCAUCACCUCCCUCUGCAGGAGGACACCGCAGAGAACAGCAGUUCACGCUGCGACGGGAGCUCCUGGGGAGGAAGGAGCCUCCUGGAGCCAGUGUGGGGAUGGUGUGUGCUCCAGCGAGGGGAGCACCAUGCUCUCCACAACCCUGUCCACUCACAGACACAAGGACUUGGUACCCAGCACAUUUCCCUUUUUGACUCGGCUGCUGGGAAACCCAGGGCUGUGUUGUUGAUCAAACAACCUUCCUUACUUAAAAAUGAUCUGCGUCUUCUUUGUAUCUUGUACAUCUUCUUUCCUUGUAUGUCUACUUCUCAGUGUACUUCUUAAGAUACCUCAAAGCUCAGAGACGGGGAGGCCCACACCUGGCUGCUCGCGGUCUGAGGUUACCCAUGGAGCUAGGAUGCCGCCCCGGCCUGCGGGCUCCCCCAGACCUGCGCUGACUCCCAGUUCCCAAGGGCCUCCUGUUUAUGGUCCACCUGAUGGACAGCAGGGGGGCAGGGCUUCUGACCGUCUGCGAGGCCACAGAGGCCUAAGGCGGUGCUGGGCCAGUCGCUCCCCCCAGAACUGGACGUGUGCAUGUGUACACGUGUGCGUGUGUAUGAUCAGGAUUCCAGCUGCACCAGUGGGCGGGGGAUGGGAUGGAACGCCCCCCCGGGAGCGCACGGCAUCCCUCUUUCCAGGGGUUGGGGGUGGGGACUGACGAGGCUUGCGUGGGAGGUGGGGUGUCGAGACCCUCAGAGUCCAGGGGUCUGGGUCAUGGGUGAGAAGAGGGAAAGGCUCGAGUGGGCAGUGAGGGACCUGCCUGGGCCCCUCUGGAAGUGUGGGCCCCUCCUGGGCUUGGUCACCCACCCCAGGGCCCUACCUCGCCGUUCAGAAUUGGCCCUCGACACAGGGGUUUCAUGAUAACUGAAGCUGAAGUAUCAGAAAGGCCUGCCGGUCACAAACCAGGGCUGAUGACGCGGCUCUGAGGCCAUGUCCCCGGGGGCCAAGGCCGGGGAGGCCCAGCCAGGCCAGGAGUGGCCACAGGGAGGCUGGAGACCCUAUUCUGGAAUAAGGGGCCCACACACAGGCCUGGAGCCUGGGGCUCACGGUGGGCAUUGUAACUACAACACGCCAGCUCACAUCCCACGGCUUCACGGGGGUCUGGGCACCGCCGCAGCCCAACAACGCAGCUUACGAAUCCGCACCUGGAGCAGGUCUUGAAGCCACCCCGCGCAGCCGGCACUUGGUCUGCUGUGUGGGGCGGCCUAGGCCCCAUGCCGGCUUCUCACGCUGGAGGAGAGGCGUGGACACUUCUCCCCCUGCAUCUCUGGGGUGCUCAGCGCCCUGACUUCCAGAGGCUCGCCGCCUGCGCACCCAUGUUUAUGCAGAGAGCAGGCGUCUCCCCGGCUGGGACGGCCGUGGGAGGGCAGCCGGUGCAGUCACCGCCGACACUGGGAAGUGACAGGCCUGCGGAGCGAGUGGCCGGUCAGCGCUGGCGUCCA